AAGAUAUGGAUUCCACAAUUUAAUGGUGGUGCACACACCAUGGGAAACAAGUAUUCGAAAAAAACAAGUUUCAUAAAGAGCGUUGCAGAGCCGAGUUGUCUCACUCCUUUUGUUAGUUUUCAAGUUCCUUUUGUGGCUUUGCAGGAAGCAACUAACAACUUUGAUGAGAGUUGGGUAAUUGGAGUGGGUGGCUUUGGAAUGGUUUACAGGGGUGUUUUAUGUGAUGGCACAAAGGUGGCCCUGAAAAGGCUUACGCCUAACUCCGCACAAGGUAGUCAAGAGUUCCGAACAGAAAUUGAGAUGCUCUCUCAGUUCCGCCAUCCCUAUUUGGUUUCAUUUUUUGGAUACUGUGAUGAAAGAAAUGAGAUGAUUCUAAUUUAUGACUACAUGGAGAAUGGGAAUCUCCGUAGCCAUUUGUAUGGCUCAAAUCUACCCACUUUGAGCUGGGAGCAGAGGCUGGAGAUAUGCAUCGGGGCAGCCAGAGGUCUUCACUACCUUCAUACUAGCGGAGUUAUACAUCGUGAUGUCAAAUCUACAAACAUAUUGCUUGAUGAGAAUUUUGUGCCAAAAAUUACUGAUUUUGGACUAUCCAAGAAAGGGCCUGAGCUUGAUCAAACUCAUGUGAGCACAUUCGUGAAAGGAGCUGUGGGCUACAUUGACCCUGAGUAUUAUAUAAGGCAACAGCUGACAGAAAAAUCUGAUGUUUAUUCUUUCGGUGUUGUUUUAUUUGAAGUUCUUUGUGCUAGGCCUGCCAUAGUUCAAUCUCUUCCAAGGGAGAUGGUUAGUUUAGCUGAAUGGGCAGUGGACUCGCAUAAUAAGGGACAGUUGGAACAAAUCAUAGAUCCCAAUCUUGCAGCCAAAAUAAGACCAGAGUCCCUCAGGAAAUUAGGUGAAACAGCGGUGAAAUGCUUAGCUUUGUCUAGUGAAGAUAGGCCAUCAAUGGGUGAUGUGUUGUGGAAAUUGGAAUAUGCACUUCGUCUCCAAGAGUCUCUUAUUUAAGAUA